UUCUAUUCUGUUCUAUUCUGUUCUUUCUUUUAUUUUCCACUUUCUCUUUAGUUUUCCUCUUCGUCCUCUCAUUUACUUUUCCUUCUUCUCUCUCCUCCCAUUCCUUCUCUUUAUCUUGGUAUUGCUUUUCUUCCAAUAUUUAUGCUCUUGUUUGAGUCACUGUAUAUACUUGGGUUAAGAAGUUUGAUGACGGCCUCAGAAACGGCCAGUGGCAGGAGAUGGAUGAUCCUAGUGGUCGAGCUAUAUUUGAUAUGUACUCCCGUGGGACCAGGUAUCAUAGACCAGAAAGGCCAUCUCUUUCUUCAUUCACGCUUGUUAUCCCGCUCCACUGCAAUUUCGCCGGCACUUUCCUCUUGAUAACGGGCACCCACAGGGUGUCAUACAGACUCGGCCCACCGUUCGCAGCCUUGCUCCCAGGCGCCAAGCUGC